UCCGAUGAUAGACUGCUACACUACCGAUAAGUCUAACAAUGUCAAAGGUAAGUGGUUGAUAAUGGCAGUAUGACGAAGUGCCAUGAGAUGAAGCCAAUUGGAUAAAUAAACAACUUGAGAAAAGAGGGAGCAGACAUCCGAGUUGUAGAGCGGCAUUCAACAUUUUCAACCUCCUCGCUCCUUUUUGACUUUCCCCUCACCCCCCGCCUCGGUUCCAAUCUUGGCGUAGACAACCUAACUACUCAGAAGUCAUCCCACACUCACAAUGGUCACCGAAGCCGACUUGAAGCCCUGGCUCCGUAGCCCCGUCCGACGAUACAUCCUCACCAACGCCACCAUCGCCGACGUGACAGACGGCAGCCUACGCCCCAAUGCAGCAAUUCAGCUCAAAGAUGGCUACAUAGACACCAUCACCGACUCGACGGACUCAGCUGUCAAGACUGCGGUAGAACAAGGCUUCGAGGUGAUUGACUGCUCCGGCAAGUUCAUCUGCCCAGGCCUCAUCGACUCACACGUCCACUUCGUCGCGGUCCCCGGAUUCGGCGAUCUCUCGAAAGCUUUCGGCAACGCCAACGAUGUCUCGCUCCUUCGCCAACCAUAUGUCGCCGCACAGAUGCUGCACCGAGGGUUCACGAGUGUGCGAGAUUGCGGUGGCGCGCAGCAGGCACUAAAGGAAGCCAUCAACGACGGUGUCUUCCCCGGCCCAAAGCUCUUCAUCGCGGGGCAUGCUCUGUCGCAAGCUGGUGGUCAUGGAGACAUCCGCGGUGUGCACGAUCACUCCGAAUGCUGCGGCGGCUCAACAAACGGGCUCGGCAGACUAUGCAAUGGCGUCCCGGAGUGCAUGACUGCUGUCCGAGAGGAGAUCCGCGGCGGAGCAGACUUUAUCAAGAUCAUGGGCUCCGGCGGCGUCUCAACACCAACCGACAGAAUCGACCACCUCCAAUUCACCGGCGCCGAGAUCCGAGCCAUGGUUGAAUGCGCCUCGAACGCGGGCACAUACGUCACAGCCCACGCAUACACAACGAAGGCCAUCAGGCAUUGUAUCGAUAAUGGUGUACGGGGGAUCGAGCACGGCAACUUUGUCGAUGCUCCUACGGCGAGGCUCAUGGCGGAGAAGGGCGUCUACCUUACCCCCACCCUCAUCACGUACGCUCAGAUGGCUUCGCCGAAGUGGAAGGGCUAUCUGCCACCCGAAUCCAUGUCGAAGAACGAGGAGGUGCUCAACGCCGGUUUGGUGGCCCUCAAGACUGCGUACGAUGCCGGCGUGACAAUCUGCUUCGGCACUGACCUUCUUGGGCCGCUGGGAGCAGCGCAAUCGUUUGAGUUCUCAUUGCGAAGCAGAGCUGUACCGUCACUGGCGGUGCUGCAGAGUGCGACGCUCAAUGCUGCAAAGAUGGCCGGCAGAGAGGACUCGUUGGGUCAGAUCAAGGAGGGCUUCGAGGCAGAUCUCAUCAUCACAGACGCGAACCCUGUCGAGAAUGUGUCCAUAUUUGAUGACCCCGAGGCCCACGUCUUUGGUGUGUUGAAGGAGGGCAGGAUAUACAAGAGCAGAUGGAGCGGUUUGGUGGAAGAUGCCGCAGUGCCAGUCAGAAUCAAGCCGGCGCUGUGAGAUCUGUUGAAGCUUAGAACAUUCGAGGGUGUUUAUGAGGACAGUAGUAGCUCAUAGAGCCGCAAGAACCAAGCUAAAUGUUAGUGAGGUAAAAGCCGGUGCAAAUCAUCACCGGCAACCAAACGAGUACCUAUGCCAAA